AUGCCUCUCAUUAACGAAGCCCACGACUCUUUACCUUAUGUCGACACCGAGCCUUCGGCCUCCGCGUACGAAAGAGCCCAGCAACUCAUCAACGCCGAAUUAUCACCAGAACACUCUUCAACUCUCCACCCCUCAAUUCCACCAGCUCCCGAAUCAAACUACUCCCCCAUAAUUCAACAAGAACUCGAGCGCAAGGCAAUUGGCGCGCCUCUUACGGGUGGAAUCGACCUAACCCGCUAUGAAGCGCCCGAACCCCCAGUUCGCGCCGCGGACGGGGAGAGCCCCAACCUAGACGAAUGGCGCCAGGCGCUGCAGAGCGCGUACAAAUCAAGCUCACACCUUUCCAAACGCCAUGAGAACUUAACUCUUCUUGAUGAACAUGGCAAGAACGCGUGGUUGAUUGGCAAUUCGCAACUUGAAUAUAUUCUUGGUGGUCUCGAGAAGGAGCUGGCUGAGACAAAGGAGAUUUCGGAGGCCGUCAAUAAACAGAGAAAGAUUGCUCAGGAGGCGAGGUAUGGAGAGCUGUCGAACUUGGAGGAGACCUGGAAGCGGGGGGUUGGAGCUAUCCUAGAUGUGGAGUUGGCGUCGGAGGGUAUUCGGAUGCAGAUUCUGGAGCACCAGAGACAGGCAGCCCAGCAGCAGUUUCGUUAA